AUGGAAGGCGGGUCCGAAAAUCCCGAAGGCACAGGCGAGCAGGACGCCUAUUUUCAAAGCCUAGACCCGUUCUCGAAAGCAGCUGAUUUCCCGGAAAUAAUACCCGGCGGUCUUUCUAGCGGUCUGGCACAGACCCAGGGUGCCGAGUUACCGACAGAUGACGUGUUCGGCACUCCCACUCUUCCUGACGACCUGCUAGGAGGUGGCGCCACGUGGACCAACCCUCCGGUGGUUACAGCCAAUGGCGACACUGUGGAUAAUAUCACUGACGUGGCAAAUGCCGACGGUGAUGCCGUUACCGCUGCUAAUCGUUCUGACCAAGGUAACCCCUGGGACAUAUCUGAUGGUGACGCUGAUGCUGAUGCUGCUGACGCUGACGUGACUGACGCGGCUGGCGAUUCCGUUCGUGCAUCUGACCCCGCUGCUCUCCAAAUACCAGCUGAAUCGCCGAAUAACCAUGUACAAGCUUCUGACCAGCACGUUUUACAUGACGAUGCAAUAACGGGGACGGCAGCCGCUUCUGAGGACGAACUCCCUGUAACUGGACUCCUUAAUAAUGAAGAAGCCAAAGCGGAGGAAGAAGCAGGCGGCGCUUCGCAACCGGCCAGCGGAACGCCACGAGAAGAAGCACUGUUGGUUCCUGACACGGCACGGGAAGAGGCAGAGCCGGGAACGGCCGCGGGGGGGAGUGGGGAAGAGGUUGGAACGACGCCAGGCGAGGCGCAAGGGCAGGGAGACGGCGACGGGAGGGUGGGCGCAGUAGGUGGGACUUCCGUCAAAGACAAAGAGAGCGGCGGAGAGGAGCGGCAGGAAACGACAGCAGAAGCAGAAACCGAGGCGGAUCAAGCUUCCCGGGAGGGUCAGGGAUCCGCACAGGUAGGUGGGGAGACUGUCGGCAAUGGAGUUGCUGCCGCCGCUGGUGAUGGUAAAGGUGGCGGUGAUGAUCCCCGUGGUCGCAGCUCCAACCUUCCACGCACGCCGCGUCCCACCCCGCCUGAUGCGCGCUCGCCCUCAGCCGCUCGCGUCCCGCCCGGGACACCUGCUGGGGCCGAUGCUGACGCUGCUGCUUCUACGCCUAGUGCUCCGGAUGCUCUAACGUUUGAUGAUUUAGACUUCGAAACACCUGCGACAGGCGUCAGCACACCUUCGACGACCGUCAACACUCCUGGUACAGGCAUCAGCACUCCUGCUACAGCCGUCAGCACCCCUGCUACAGCCGUUUGCACUCCUGCUGACACCCCGAACGCAACAGCCACCACCUCUCCUGCUGCCACCCCCUCAGCCACUCCUGCUGCCACCCCCGCCACCACUCCUGCAAUCCUCUUCGCCACUCCUGCACCUGCAGCGGACGGCGUCACCACUCCCUUAGCCUCGCCACUUCCUUCCGCUGCCACUCCCACCCCUCCUUCCGCUGCCACUCCCACCCCUCCUUCCGCUGCCACUCCCACCCCUCCUUCCGCUGCCACUCUCACCCCUCCUUCCGCUGCCACUCCCACCCCUCCUUCCGCUGCCACUCCCACCCCUCCUUCCGCUGCCACUCCCACCCCUCCUUCCGCUGCCACUCCCACCCCUCCUUCCGCUGCCACUCCCACCCCUCCUUCCGCUGCCACUCCCACCCCUCCUUCCGCUACCACUCCCACCCCUCCUUCCGCUGCCACUCCCACCCCUCCUUCCGCUGCCACUCCAACCUCUCCUCCCGCUGCCUCUCCCGCCAUUCCUGCAAUCUUCCUCGCCACUCCUGCACCUGCAGCGGACGGCGUCACUACUCCCUCAGCCUUGCCGCUUCCUGCCGCUGCCACUACCAUCCCUCCUACAGCUACCACUCCCACCCCUCCUGCCGCUGCCUCUCUCACCCCUCCUGCCGCUGCCACUCUCACCCCUCCUGCUGCUCCCGCUCCCACCCCUCCUGCUGCUCCCGCUCCCACCCCUCCUGCUGCUCCCGCUCCCACCCCUCCUGCUGCUCCCACUCCCACCCCUCCUGCCGCUCCCACUCGCACUCCUUCUCCUGCUCCCACUCCUCUCCCUCCCUCUGCCGCGCCGUACCUGGGCAAACUGGUUCGGAAGAGGUUCGGCGACGUGGUGUUACUGGGUCGGGUGUUUAAGUACGACCGGGAGGAGGGGUGGUACAAGGUUCGGUACGAGGAUGGGGACUUGGAGGAUUUGGAGGAGGGAGAGGUGGUGGCACUGCUGGUGGGGCAAGAGGAAGAGAAGGCAGCUGCUGCGGAAGUUGAUUCUUGGCGGCAGCAGAAACGGCAGGCGUUCUUCAGUGAGGUAGAGGAGCCAGUGUUUGUUGAAGGCAUGGCGGGGAUGGAAAGGGGAGAAGGGGCCUUCAAAGGGGCAGAGGGCACCGCGGAAGGGGGAGAGGGAGUGGAAGGAGGGGCGGAAGUGGCGCGUGAGGGCAAGGCGGAAGGGCAGGGGCAGGUAGGGGAAGCGGAGCAGCGGCUGGCAGCGGGCGGUGUUGGCACGGCGGCAGCAGAGGAUGGAGAAAAGGCUGAGAGUGUUGGUGCAGCGGGUGAUGGUGCUUUGCCUGGCACUCCAACCACACCUGGUGGGGUAACCGCGUCUGGUGGGCUGAUCACACCAGGCUCGCCUGUUACGCCUGCUGGGAGCCCUGCUAAGUCCCCUGCUAAGAGCCCUGCUAAGAGCCCUGCUAAGAGCCCUGCUAAGAGCCCUGCUAAGAGCCCUUCUAAGUACCCUGCUAAGUACCCUGCUAAAAGCCCCAGCAGAACCCCUCGUAAGGGUGCUGUUAGUACGCCUUCUACCAGGAGGACUGCCAGGGGCGCCGCUAAGGGCCCUGCUAGGACUCCUCCUGUGUCCCCUGCUAAGACUCCUCCUGUGUCCCUUGCUAAGAGCCUUACCAGAACCCCUCGCAAGAGCCCCGUCACGAGUACUGCUAAGUCCCAUGGUAAGAGCACUGCUAAAAGCCCUGCCAAGACCCCUCUUAAAAGCACUGUCAAAAGCCCUGUUAGGAUCCCUCUUAGGAGGAGCGCUGCUAAGAUCCCUCUUAAAAGCACUGUCAAAAGCCCUGGUAGGAUCCCUCUUAGGAGGAGCGCUGCUAAGAUCCCUGAAACGAGUCGUGCCAAGAGCCCACGGCUCAGUUAUGACAAGGUGACACCAAGAAAGAGACAGGCCGAGGCAGCAGCAGAGGGCGGCAGUGCUGCUAAGAGACGGUCCCUUGGGAGUCAGUCCGUGGGUAGUAGUAGCAGUGUGGGGCGUAACGCUGCAAAGGCGGAUGCUGCCAAGGCUGCUAUUGGGGGUGCUUGGGAUGCCAUGAUAGGGACGGGCAGGCGGGCGGCAGGAGCAGGGAGGAGAGCAGGGGCGGUGAAGUGGGUGACGCCGGUCAGGCGGGGCGGCAGAGGGGCGACAGGGGGUGUCGGGGUUAUGGGGCGGGUGGGAGGGGGUGUGGGGCGGGCGGCAACAGGAAUCGGGAAGAGGAAGAGCAAGAGUUUUUCGAGGCGUGUGUCUGAGGGCGUGGGGGUGACACCAGUGAGGCUCAUGCUGGGGGGGCAGAGGGUACAGGGUGGAGCAGCAACACCGGGCAAAGCGGGGACACUGGGCAAGACAGGGACACCAGGCAAAGCAGCGACACCAGGCAGAGCAGGAGGGGCAGCUAAGGCAGCUACAGCAGCAACGCCAGGGAGAGUAAAAAACCCUCUUUCCCGUGGCAUGGCUUCCCGCCACGCACUCACAGCAGUGGCAAAGCCCCGAGUGCUAACCAGGCGGCUGUCAGUGGAAGCCAAGCGCCUCUCCCCUGCCUCCACUCCGCCUCCCCGCCCCACUCCCACUGCUCCUUCCCCUCCACCUCCUCUCGCCUCUCCUGCUGCCUCCACUCCCCCAACGCGCCGUCCACGGGUGAGUGAUAGGCUGUCAGUCACUCCCUCGCAGGCGACACCUGGGAGGCCCCGAAAGUCGUCAGUCACUCCCAGGCGGUCGAGCAUGGGUGCAGGAAGGAGUGGGGCUUCUGUGCUGGUAGCAUCGGCAGGGUUGCCUGCUGAGUCUCUUGCCACGACACCUGCCACGUCACCUGCCACAACCCCUGCCAAGUCACCUGCCAAGUCACCUGCCAAGUCACCUGCCGAGUCACCUGCCGAGUCACCUGCCAAGUCACCUGCCACUACCCCUGCUAAAUCACCUGCCAAGUCACCUGCCACUACCCCUGCUAAAUCACCCGCCAAUUCCCCUGCCAAUUCACCUGCCUACUCACCAGUCAAAUCCCCUGCCAAGUCACCUUACAGAAGCUCAAGCAGAGCACUGGAGAGGGAGGAGGAGGCCGAGCAGGUGGAGGAGGAAGUUGGGGAUAAAGGCCAAAGAGGUGGGGCAGGGAAGCGAGGAGACGUGAAGGAGCAGCCUGAAGGGAAGAGGCGCAGGGUGACUCUGCAAGCAGUGGGGACUCCUGUGCCUGGUGGUGGGAGGGGAGGAAGAGGAAGGAGAGGGCGAGGGGGAAGAGGAGCAGGAAUGAGGGCACGAGGAGCAAAGAAAGCAACUGAGCCAGCUGCAGCAGCAACUGUGGCGGACGAGGAGGAAGAGGAGGAGGAGGUGCAAGUGCUGGGAGAGGAGGGAGACUCGGAAGAGGAGGGAGCAGUUGGACGAGCUGUGGAGGGGGUUGAAGAGGUGGGGAACUUGGACGCUGGGGUUUCUGGUGGGUGUGGGCGUGGAAGGGGUGGACGAGGGAGGAGAUUGCGGGGGGGGAGAUUGCGAGGGGGGAGAUUGCGAGGGGGGAGAUUGCGAGGGGGGAGAGGGGUAAAGAAUACAACUGAGCCAGCGGCAACUGUGGCAGCAGAAGUGAUGGCGUUGGGGGAGGAGGAAGAGGGCGAAAAAGUGCAAGUGGUGGGAGAGGUGGGGGCAGUAGAGGUGGGGGAAGUGGAAGCAGGGGUUUCUGGUGGUCGGAGGGGUGGAAGGGGCGGACGAGGAAGGGGAGGGCGAGGGGGGAGAGGGGUAGGGACUAGGGCAACACGAGGAAUAAAGAAAGCAACCGAGCCAGCAGCAGCAACUGUAGUGGACGAGGAAGAAGAGGAGGAAGAGGUGCAAGUGGUGGGAGAGGAGGGAGAGGCGAAAGAGGAGGGAUCAGCUGAGGCAGGGAAAGAAGGGGAGGGGGUUCAAGAGGUGGGGAAAGUGGAUGCAGGGGUAUCUGAAAAGGAAGCUGGCGGUCGAAGGAGAGGAGCAGGGAAGGCGGGUGCAGAAAAGGCAGAUGCGGGGAAGGUAAAUGUGCCUGAGGCGGAUGUGGGUGCAAGCAGUGUGGGAGGAGCGCGGAAGACAAGACGACGGGGUGCAGCAGCAACCACAUUUGCGUCUCUGAAUGCACUCACUGCACGUGCAGCUGGAUCAGCAGCAGCAAGAGCCGAUGAGAAGCUAAAGGAGGCGGAGGAUGAAGAGGAUGGAGGGGUUGAGCUGGUUGUGACUCCUGCCCGCGCUCCUGCUGCUGGUGAUGCUUCAAAGAAGACCCGGGUGAAGAGAGCAAUUGCAGCUUCUACCCCUCCUCCUGCAGCUACCCCUGCUACCCCUGCUACCCCUGCUGCCACUGCUGCCACUGCUGCCACUGAUGCUGCUGCUGCUGCUGCUGCUGCUGCGUCAUCUGAGGAGGCUGCUGGUGUUGCUUCAGGGAGUGGACGGACUGGUGCAAGAGCAAGGGGUGGAGUGAAGGCGGACGCCAGGAAGGAGCGCGGGACGGAGCAAGAGUGA